AUGGCUGUCGAACCUCCCUCCACUGGCCGCUCUCUUAACACGUCUUCCUUGGAGGCACUUCAAGAUGCGGAUCAACGGAAGAUUAUGGACACUGUUGGCAAGCUAAGGCGAAUCGGACUCACUAGUGUUCUGCAGCUUCCGCAACUGAUCGUAUGUGGAGAUCAAUCGUCAGGAAAGAGCUCUGUGCUUGAGGCCAUCACGCAGAUUCCGUUCCCACGAAAAGAGAACCUAUGCACACGCUUCGCAACCGAAAUCGUCCUGCGACGUGGGAACACGACAUCGGUAAAGACGAAGAUAACACCUGACAGCCGCAGACCCACACACGAACAGGACGAGCUGGAGAAGUUCAAUGCGUCGAUCGAAGAUUUCAGCGAAGUGCCCAGCUUGAUACUGGAGGCCGCUAGGCUGAUGGGCUUGGAUGGAGCCACCACGGGAAGCACAAAAGCAUUCUCCCGGGACGUGCUCAGCAUUGAGAUCUGCGGCCCGGACAGACCCCAACUGUAUGUCUCCGUUUCCUCUCUUCUAGUCAGUGACUCGCCCUGGUUGGCCGUCGCUAGCGAUACUCGCUCCAGCUAUGGUCGAUAA